AUGGCCUUUAUUAUAGUCGCGGGAAUCUGCUUGUGUCUGUAUUUUCUCUUCCUGUGUUUUAUGGUCUUCCAAGUGUUCAGAAACAUCGGUGGAAAGCAGUCAAGCCUCCCAGCCAUGAGCAAGGCUCGCCGCCUUCAUUAUGAGGGGCUGAUUUUUAGGUUCAAGUUCCUGAUGCUUAUUACCCUGGCUUGCGCAGCGAUGACUGUCAUCUUCUUCAUCGUGAGCCAGGUGACCGAAGGCCACUGGAAGUGGGGGGACAUAACGAUACAAGUGAACAGCGCCUUCUUCACCGGCAUCUACGGGAUGUGGAACCUCUACGUCUUCGCUCUGAUGUUCCUGUACGCGCCAUCGCACAAGAAUUACGGUGAAGACCAGUCGAAUGGUGACCUGGGAGUAAACAGCGGGGAAGAGCUCCAGCUCACCACCACCAUCACCCACGUGGAUGGCCCGACGGAGGUGUAUAAGCUGGCUCGCAAGGAGGCUCAGGAGUAA